CUUACUGAGUGACGGGAGAGAGAGAGAGAGACGCGGAGAAGGACGGUGUGUGUGAGUGUGUGAGAGAGUUUAACUUCACUGUAACAUCCUACACACGCUCGAGCACUGCGUUUCUCACAGGAAGACCAUCUCAGUCCGUGUGUGAUCACCUGUCCUCUCAUAGUCCUCUCUCCUGCUCAGCACAGCCAUGGCUCCGACCUUGGCCACAGCCUUUGCCCGCCGCUGGUGGAUGGCGGUGACAGCCAUCAUUGAGAACCUGCUGUUCUCUGCUGUGCUGCUGGGCUGGGGCUCCCUGCUCAUCAUGCUCAAAUCUGAGGGCUUUUACUCCUACCUCUGCACAGACCAUGGUAACAGCUCCGCCUUCAACGUCUCCCUGCCGCCUGUGGCUUCAUCAGCAGGAGGGGAUGAAGAUUACCAGUAUGAAGACCAGUAUCCGCAGGUGUCUCAUGAUGAUGGAGUGGAAGUGGUUCCUCUGAAGUCGGUGGAACAGGUUAUCCGUAUGAACGGCUGGCUGAUCUGUAAAGAACAGGAUGAGAUACUGAACUUGGCCUUCACCAUCGGCUCCUGCUUCUUGAGCGCCAUUGCGCUGCCCCUGGGAAUCGUCAUGGACAAAUAUGGCCCACGCAAACUCCGUCUGACUGGCAGUGCCUGUUUUGGCCUGUCGUGCCUGCUUAUCGCCUAUGGAGCCAGCAACCCCAAUGAACUUUCUGUCCUCAUCUUUGUUGCUUUGAUCUUUAAUGGCUUUGGAGGAAUGUGUAUGACCUUCACAUCCCUUACGCUGCCUAACAUGUUUGGAGACCUGCGCGCCACCUUCAUUUCUCUCAUGAUCGGCUCCUACGCGUCUUCCGCCGUCACUUUCCCUGGAGUUAAGGUGAUCUAUGACUUGGGAGUGACCUUUAUUGCCAUCCUCGUCAUCUGGGCUGCGUGCGCUGGCCUCGUUUUCCUCAACUGCUUCCUCAACUGGCCCUCGGAGGCCUUCCCUGGACCUGAGGACAUGGACUACACAGUGAAGAUCAAGUUCAGCUGGCUGGGCUUCGACCACAAGAUCACCGGUAAACAGUUCUAUCAGCAGGUGACGACAGUGGGUAAACGACUAAGCGCAGGCAACUCUCUCAAGCAGAAGGAGCUGGCCACCAGCGAGGGCCACAAUCUCUGCCUCUCCACCAUGGACCUGGAGGUGAAGUGCAAGGAAAAAGGAGAAUCUCAGUCCUUCUCUCAGAGCAUCUUCAGUCCUCUGUUCCUGCUCAGUCUGGUCACUAUGUGCAUAACUCAGCUGCGACUCAUCUUCUACAUGGGAGCGAUGAACAGCAUCUUGGAGUCCAUGAGUGGCGGAGAUCUUAAUACAGUGAGCCUGUACUCCUCUAUUUUUGGUGUGAUGCAGCUGCUCUGUCUGCUGACCACUCCAGUUAUUGGUCAGAUCAUGGACUGGAAGCUGAAGGAAUGUGAUGAUGGAGAUUCAGAUGAAAAAGAUGCCAUCAAAGACCAGCCCCAGCCCAAGCGAAGAGACAGACAGAUCCAGAAGAUUACCAAUGCUACACGAGCCUUCUUCCUCACCAACCUCAUGCUUGUUGGAUUUGGAAUCACCUGCCUCAUCCCAAUCCUCGAGCUGCAGCUGCUCUCCUUUGUUCUGCACACCAUGGUCCGAGGUUUCAUCCACUCAGCUGUUGGAGGACUGUACGCUGCUGUAUAUCCAUCAGGCCAGUUCGGGAGCCUGACAGGGAUGCAGUCUCUGGUUAGUGCCCUCUUUGCCCUGCUCCAACAACCCCUCUUCAUGGCCAUGAUGGGGCCACUGCAGGGAGAUCCACUCUGGGUGGACGUGGGCCUGCUAGUCAUGAGCAUGCUGGGCUUCCUGCUGCCUCUCUAUCUGCUGUGCUUCCGCAGAACCCUCCACAAGAGGAGGAAGCAGAAAGAAAACGACGCCAAGAUCUACAUCAAAAUCAACGGCAGCGACAAACCCGAGGCUUUUGUGUAGAUCCAGGCCACACGGAUCCGGGAAGACAACAAAAGACACGAGAACGGAUGAAAGAAACUGCCAUUAUUUAAAUGACUUAUAAACACACACGAUAUAACACACACAUACAAAGAUGUUUGAGUUUUUUCCAAUCUCUGAGAGACUCAACAGACUGAUAACGUUGUCAUGGAAACUGACAACUGCCAUGCCAUCAAUGUGGACAGAAGAGAAGGGCAAAAAUGGAAAAAUUAACAGAACCUCAAACCUCAGUUUAAAAUAAGAAAGAAGUGGAAUUAGGGAAUUAGUUUGUGUAGCUGUGUGUGUGUCUAUUUCCUGUGAUAUUUACAAUUCACUGUUCCGAAUGUGCCUGAGAAGCACGUAUUUGCCUCCAGCGUUCAGCAUGGUUGAGCUGCCUGGCUCUUUCUUUUUAGAGCCUUCUUACACAAAUUUCUUCCCAGUUUAUCUGAGCCAAUUAAAACACUCACCACUCACUAGAACCCCCCCCCCCCCUCCCCCUUAUCAUUUGCACUGGUUUCCCCAACACCAGGAUUGUAAAGACAAGCGCAUGCCUCCUUUGAUUCAUGUGAAGUCACCCGCUGUCUUCAUCUACCCACCAAGAGAGAGCAUGGCCAGUUGUGCUCUCUUGGGUUCCAGAUGUGAUGGGAUGGGAUCUCAGCCAAUCAGUGCCUUUCUAUUCCAUUACCUUUUAAAGUGCCGCAGCCCUGUGUAAUGAUGUGAUGUCACCCAAACGGGUCGUGUUUUUUAAACUUAUUACCAUCAUUUUUAACUAUGGUAAGAGUUUUGUAUUUGCACACGUUUCUAAGCAUGCAAACAUUGCAGGCAUUAAGCUAAGCUACAUCAGUAGCUUACAUCAGUGCCUUUAGUGCUGCUAGCCAUAUUAAGCAAUAACAAUAAUAAUGGUAUUUCAGCAACAUUAGCCAAGAAGUAAAAGCUCCAACCAACCCGAGGCCAAGAGCCUUAAGCCUCAUGUUUUAGGCACGCAAUUCGUGGCAUUUGUCUCCCCCUAGGGGUAAAAGAGAGAAAUACAGAACUGUGCAUACAGCAUAUGGUCAUGCAAAGAUGCCAUGAUCACAAAGUCUCUGGAGUGUUCUUUAUGUACUGUUUAAAUAUAUAUAUAAAAUAAAUAUUAUUAUGGUGCACAUAAUUUAUUUUAGGUUUAUUCAUAUGUUGAGUCUUGCAUAAAGUCCUUCAAUAGUAAUGUCUUCAUAUGUGAUCUUAAAAUAACGAAUAGUAACAUUCAAUAAUUUUAAAAUGUUUGCACAGUGACUGAUAUGCCAAAAGUCAUGAGACUCGUUGACAUGACCACACUGGCCAGUAUGUAACCUCGCUAACCAGAUACCACCUCACACGUUAAACAAAUGUGGGCAUUCCCAAGUCAUUCCAUGAGGUAAAACUUACUGAACAAUUUGCAUACUGCUGUGCCAUGACUUUUGUGUUGUGCACAGGUGUGUAAAGGUAGAUUUGUUUAUGUUCCUAAAGCAGAGAAAUGUACACGUUGCCCUAAAGGUGGCUUUACCUAAAGGUUGUGAAGUUUGUAUCUCUUUGGCCCACAUUUCAUGGGAAUUCCAGCACUUUUACAACACUGUUCCCGAUCCUCUGCUUCUUUUUUUUUUUUUUUAAGACCGCAUACUAAAGCCAUUUUCUGUGCAUAUCACUCAUGUCAUCAAAGUGCCUUUGCCUUUUGUAAAACAUAAUGUUAUUUUUAUGGUUUUAGGGUGGAUACUGUGAUAUGCAGUUAAGGAUUCCUGUGACUAAUAGUUGGUUUAAAAUAUGUUGUAUUUAUUUGUAUUGUUUCUUAAUUUGGACAACAUAUCCUAUAUGUGAGGAAUCACACUUUAUAUAACUGGCUGUUAUUUGAUAACCAUUGGCUGGUUGGUUCUGCGUUCUAGGUAUUGCAGUUUUGUUCUGGUAGGCAUUAUUACUACUGAGAAAUGUGAGAAAAUAUGAAUAAAUGUGAUGUUCCUCA